AUGUCUGUGUCAGCUGCUGAAGUGGCUGCCGACUUUCGGGAUGCCCUGCAAGAUUUGAGGAUGAACAGCAGACCUGAGAUUAGCAAUCUAACCCUCAUCGCCAAAGAAAACACAGAGUAUGCGGAAGCCAUAUCCAAUGAGCUUCAGAAGCAUAUCCAAUCGACUCGCCCCGAAUGGAAGCUUCCAGCCCUCUACGUCCUUGAUUCGAUUGUUAAGAAUGUUGGCACGCCAUACACCGUCUACAUUGGUCGCAACCUUUACAGAACCUUCAUGGACGCCUAUCUCGUGAUGGAUCAAAACACACGCAAGAACAUGGAAGGCUUGCUGAGGACGUGGAAGAUGCCCGUGCCCGAGUCGAUGGACCCUCGCCCUGUGUUUCAAGCCGACGUGACACAGGACAUCGAGAAUGCACUGGCUAAAUUCCGCGCAGCUCAGCAACAGAUUCGGCCGCAACACGCGCUUCCCCCUCGUCCUCCGUCACUCAAUGUCGCCUGGAGGGGUACAUCCACGCCACCGCAAACUGGACCACGUUAUGCCGCUCCCAAUGAUCCGCGUGCUCGACCGUCACAACCCCCGACACCUCAAUAUCCACCAUCACACGCAUCCACACCACCUGUAUACCAGCAACCUCAGCCCAUGUCGUCUGUUGAUCUUGCCGACUUGAAGGUGGAAUUGACACAGCUUAUCAGCACAACACAGAACAUGUUCGCGCAUAACCCAGCUGACGCUGCUCUACGUACAAAGUUGUCGGCACUCUUGUCCCUCAAGCAGAUCCUGGACACACAGACGUUGCCUCCUCAACAACUAGAGGCCGUACGUCAACAGGUCCGAGCAUUAGCACCUCCACCAGCACCAACACCGACCUUUGCUCCUUCUACGCCAGUGUACCCACCACAACAGGCAAUGCCCCAAGGCUAUCCACCUAACUUCUCUCCGAUGGGUGCACCUCCGAGCAGCGCUCCGCCGAAUGUCGCGCAACUUCUGGCAGGCUUCCGACCACCACCACAAUCGACUCCGCAACCCGCACCAACCCCGAAUCCACCGGCCUUGAACUUGGCAGAGCUACUCAAACGUGUGUCUUCCCCAGCACAGCCGAACUCAGUACCUGCCCCAGCCCCGUUUCAGAUGCCAUUCCAAGGCUUCCCGCCCCCAGUCUCGACUCCGGUACCGGCACCUCAGGCUCCUCCGCCGACCCAGUCCGCGACACCCACUGCCAAUCUCGCUGCUCUGCUUGCGCAGUUCAGCAAACCCGGUGCCGUGCCGCCCUCAAUGCCACCCACGCCUGUGCAGAGCACUCCCGUUCCUCAGUUACCACAACAACCUGUUGCUGCGGCUCCAGCCCUUGGAUCCGCCGAGUGGCUUUUGAAAGCUCUGGGUGGUGUACCUGGUGGUAUAUCUGCAAAACCAGCGCCAAUUCAAUCCCAGCCGGCCACACAACAGCCACUUGCGCCGGGUAGUUUGAUGGAACAGAUCGAACUCACCACGGCAUCAAUGAAGAAACCUCGUCUUCACCUCAUCUCCCGCCUUUACGAAGCCAAGCCCAACAUCUGCGCCACAUGUGGCCGUCGCUUUGAGAGCACACCCGAAGGCAAAGAGAAGAAAGCACGCCAUAUGGACUGGCAUUUCAAAGUCAAGGAUCCAGAUGCCGCCAAGCGAGGUGUACACCGCAGCUGGUACAUUCCCGAAAAGGAGUGGAUCGAGUACCGCGAAGUCGACGAGACAGCCCCCAACCAGUCCAACGACGGUUCCUCUGGUACAGGUGGUGCUAAACCGAAGAAACAGGCCAAAGAUCGCUACGUGAGCGUACCACAAGACGUCACACUACAGCAGGCACCGUGCCCCAUCUGCCAGGACAAAUUCGAGACGCAGUGGAAUGUGGAGGCCAACGACUUUGUGUGGAUGGAUGCCGUAAGCGUGGGUGGUAAGAUAUACCAUGCUACUUGUUUUGAGGAGGUUUAUGGUAAGGGUGUUGGUAUUGAGGCGCCAGGCACGCCUGACUCAGUACUUGGAAAGAGGAAGGCAGAUCUUGGUGUUAAUGGGGAGGGAAAGAAGGUUAGGGCUUAUUAG